AUGGUCAAUAACGAGCUAGUAAAAAAGCGCACAAUCAUCGCAGGUGCCACAUUCAUAAUUUUGAAUUCACUUAUCAAAAAAAAACAAAAAAUUAAACAAAAAAGACGUUGGUGGAUCACUCAGAUGUUUAAGAACAGGGAUGAACAUGGUGGACUAAGUUUGAUUAAUGAUUUACUGUUUCAAGAGAGUGGACAGUUUGAAAAUUUCGUUCGCAUGGCUUAUUCUGACUUCAAGUAUUUAGUAACACUGAUUCGUCCACAAGUCGAAAAACAAACUACGCAUUGGAGAAAACCCAUAAGUGUAGAAGAAAGAUUAGCCGUGACUUUACGUUUUCUGGCCACCGGGGACUCGUAUACUAGUCUACAAUACACAUUCAAAAUAUCAAAGUCUACAAUAUCUAGUAUCAUACCAGAAGUAUGCAUUGCAUUAACAAAAGUACUGUCAGACACGAUUAAGGUAAGAAUAAAAUAUAGGUAUAAUUAUACUUAG